GAUGGCAUAUCGAAACAUUAUACAUAUAGCUUUAUGCUGGAACUAUUUUAUGACAAGACAACUUGCACACAGGAGCUCGUGAAACGGCAAAUUAUUCUGAUGUAAAUAAUGGGUGUGCAAACUUCUGCGCAUGUGAUUUUAAUCUAACGCGUCAGCUGUUAUAUUAGACCGGGCUGCACACUGUACAGCUAUAAUUCAGGGUGCAGGACCUACUGGAAGGAACAAUAACUAACUAAACUAAACUAAACUGAACUGAAGCGCACAUCAGGCAUUCGUAUUUUCAUGUUUCUCUCACACUGAUGGCAGCAAGAGCGCGAUUUUAAGAUCUCGCGAGAGGUGUGUGGUGUUUUUUUUCUCUCCACAGUUCCCGCUUGCAGACCUGCAUGCGGUUGAUGGAGUGGGUGGGCAGUCAAUCCAAAACAUGAAGAUUGUCAGUUGGAAUAUAAAUGGCAUAAGAACCUUUAAAAACGGGAUCAAGUCGGCGCUUGAUUCGUUCGACGCUGAUGUAAUAUGUGUGCAGGAAACCAAAGUGACGCGCGACCUGCUGGACGAAAGGACUGCAAUUGUGGAUGGAUACAACUCUUAUUUCAGCUUUAGCCGGGGGCGCACUGGCUACUCGGGGGUAGCGACGUUUUGUAAAGACUCCGCCACCCCAUUCGCCGCAGAAGAAGGACUGACAGGUCGCCUGGUCAACCACAGAGAGGCUGUUGGUUGCUAUGGUGAUCAGGGGGAAUUCGCCAUAGAGGAGCUCCAGUCACUUGAUAAUGAAGGACGAGCGGUCAUCACUCAACACAAGUUCAAGCAUUCAGAGGACGCAACAGGAUUUGAAACACUGACCAUCAUCAAUGUGUAUUGCCCACGUGCAGAUCCAGAAAAGCCAGAGAGAAAGCUGUUUAAACUGCAGUUUUACAAGCUCCUACAGAGCAGAGCUGAGGCAAUUAUGGGGCCUCAAAGCCAUGUGAUCAUUUUGGGUGAUAUAAACACCUCUCACAGACCCAUAGACCAUUGUGAUCCAGAUGAUGUGGAGAACUUUGAGGACAAUCCAGGAAGAAAGUGGUUGGACAGCUUCCUGUUUGGGCCAGCACAAAACAUGAAUGAUGAGGAGGAAGGUUCUGAGCCCUCCCAGAAUUGUGUGUCUGGUGGUAAUUUUAUUGAUACCUUUCGCCAUUUCCAUCCUACACGCACCAACGCCUUCACAUGCUGGUCUACACGGACGGGUGCUAGGCAAACCAACUACGGCACCCGCAUUGACUAUAUUUUUGCCAAUCGUUUGCUAGUUGAGACAGAUUUUCUGAAUGCAGAUAUCAUGCCAGAAGUGGAGGGUUCUGAUCACUGUCCCAUAUGGGCUAAGCUAAACUGUACUUUUGUACCCAGUCCUAAGUGCCCAGCUCUGUGCACCUGUUAUAUGCCAGAAUUCAUGGGGAAGCAACAGAAACUCUUGCGCUUUCUUGUUAAGGUUUCUGACCAACAUGCAGAUUGCAAAGACAUUGAAAAACCUUUGCCUGGAUCUCAAGAGGCUGGGGAGAUUCGUGAGAACCUCAAUCCUCUAGCAGCAGGUGUCAGUUCUGGGAGCAAGAGACCUUCAGAUGGACUACCAGAGUCUUCUGCAUUCAAAGGGAAAAAAAUAAAACAUGCUAAAAAGGCUAUUAAACCUCAGGGAAGUCUUCUGACCUUCUUUAAACCUAAACUGACCCCUGUGGUAUCUUCAUGCCAGAGCCGAAGCUCAGGUGAGAACACUGAGACAGGUUUGAAGAGUAAGGAUAUCGUGCCCGAGAUCCACGAAGGUACAGAAAAUGUCAACAGCUGCACUGCAACCCACAGCACGCUUACAGAGUGCCACACUGAAGCGAAAGUGAAGGGUGAAACAAGUAACUUUAGGUUCACGAAAACUAAGGAAGAUGAAGAUCGUCGUCCGGGUCGGAUCCAGAGCAACACCACGCCCAAUCAGGAGAACAAGAGAGGGUCCUGCCCAGACUUUUGGAAAUCAGUUUUGCAUGGACCACCCCAGCCACCACUCUGUAAUGCACACAGUGAGCCAUGUGUGCUGCGGACUGUAAAGAAACCUGGACCAAAUCUGGGCCGCCAGUUUUUUGUAUGCGCCCGUCCUCAGGGUCACGCGUCCAACCCACAGGCAAGGUGUAGUUUCUUUGCCUGGGUAGAUCCACGCAAGUAGAAGCUCACUGAGGGCUCUGUAAAAAAGAUCAUUUGUGCUAUAUGGUGCUAGAAGAAUGCUGAAUCUUCUGUUUUUAUUGUACAAAUAAAUGAUUUAAAUAUUC